GAGACUAAUGUACUCUCACACUCACUAAUACACAUACACCCUAUACUUAAUUACUAUAGUAUAAACAAACAGAGAGAGAAAGAGAGAGUCUCUCUACUCUCUUUCUCUCUCUUCUCUCUCUUCUCUCUUUCACUCACACAGUCUCAUUCUCUCAUUACACACUUGUUCUCAGACAUGGGACCAUACCAUUGUCCUUAACUUCAAAUUUGAGCCUUUUUUUCCUGCACGACAGGAUCCGACUCUGCCGCUUAUUCACACUCUCUCCCUCACUUAUUAUUUCAUCUUCUUCUUUUCUUUCUAUCUCCUCUUAAUACCCUAGCUUUCUCGUUUCUCAUAUAUACAUGAAAAAUGGAAGACCACCAUAACAAUCAUGCUCACCACCAACAACAAUACAACGGCAUGUCAACUGAUCUAAGACAACUAGUUAACGGACCAAGGCCAACCCAUUUCACUUCAAUACCAUCCUCCGACGAGUUUUUCACCGGUCACCGGAAUCUCACAGCUUUAUUAACCACACCACAUCAAAACGACCAACAACAUCACUACGAGAUGAUGAUGUUGGCUCGUGGUGUUAAUGUUCUUGAAGACUUCAAUAACAUCACCAAUCAUGUUCAACCACCUCCUCCUCCAACAACAGCCACAACCACCACCGCUAGUGUUUCCACUCCUGAAACCACCGGAUGCAUCGCCGGAGACGCUUCCACCGGAAGAUGGCCCAGACAAGAAACUCUUACUCUUCUCGAAAUCAGAUCUCGUCUUGACCCUAAAUUUAAAGAAGCUAAUCAAAAGGGUCCCUUAUGGGAUGAAGUUUCUAGGAUAAUGUGCGAAGAACAUGGAUAUCAAAGGAAUGGAAAAAAGUGCAGGGAGAAAUUUGAGAAUCUAUACAAAUAUUACAAGAAGACAAAAGAAGGUAAAGCAGGAAGGCAUGAUGGUAAGAAUUACAGAUUCUUUCGUCAACUUGAAGCUUUAUACGGUGAAAACAGUAACCAAACUUCUCUACCAGAAACCAAUUUUGUCAACAACUUCAAUUUUCAAAACCCUUCAAAAACUACAAACCAAGAGGUUUUUAAUAAUAAUGAUCAUAGCUUGAGUCUCACUACUAACUCAACUGACUUUGAGAUCGAUACUUCGUCGUCGGAUGAUGAGAAGGGAAAGAGGAAGAGUAGUGGAAGGAGGAGUUGGAAGGUGAAGAUAAGAGAGUUCAUUGAUUCACAAAUGAAGAAGCUUGUGGAUAAGCAAGAGGAGUGGUUGAGUAAACUUGUGAAGACACUUGAGGAUAAGGAAAAGGAGAGGGUUUUGAGAGAGGAAGAGUGGAGGACACAAGAAGCGAAAAGGGUAGAAAAGGAACAAAAGUUUUGGAGUAAAGAGAGAGCAUGGAUUGAAGCAAGGGAUGCUGCUUUAAUGGAAGCUUUGAAGAAUAUAGGUGGAAGAGAAAUGAAAGUUGAACUUGAAGGUCAUAAUCAUAAGGGUAUAAAUGUAAUAACAGAGGGUGAGAUUCAUCAAAGCAACAUUGAAAACCAAAAUGAAGAUGGGAGUGAAAUAUUGAAUAGUACUGUGAGAGGUACUGAUAAUAACUAUCAAAGGGAUUCUUUAUCUUUACAAGAAGGAAACAAGAAGAGAAAGGAGAAUUUUUACUUCAACAAUAAUGAACAAUGUUCUAUGUACAAUCAAGGUAGUGGUUAUAUUGAUGUUAAUCAUCAAAGAGAGGAGAUUGUGAAGCUACAAAGGAAUGUUGAUCAUGGUUCUUCACCUUCCGAUUCUAAUGUCGGUAAUGUUGCUAAUGCCGAUGCUUGCUUUCCCUUCUUGAUUAAUGAAGGUGGAAGUUUGUGGGAGAAUUUCGGCUUGAAGAUCAAUAAAACAAACCAAAACAACUGAGUUGAGUUAGAUUGACAGUGAGUUUGACAGAAUCAGCGUGACAAAAUCACAAUGUCAUCGUAAUUUUGCUACAUUUGGUUGGUUGAUUAGUUAGAAAGCAUAGAAGUUUUGACAUUAUGUAUACAAUAUAUGCAUAAUGCUAACUAAUCAAGGUUUAUGUAUAGAGAUUGAUGAUUACUAGGUGAUCAAUCUUUGAUGUGUUUAAGGGAAAUAUUGUAGGAGAAAAAUAAUGUGUUGAUGAUGUUUAGAGAUGGAGAAGAAGUGGAAAAGUUCACAUGGUUUAUUGGAAUAUGUUGUUGACACCAAAUGAGGUGAGUUUGUAUACUUUUAUUAUGCAUGAAGAUGGAAUUGAAAAUUGUAUAAUUAUUUAAUGUUAUUACUACUUGGUAUGUUGUCCCUUCAA